UACAGCAGACAACAUGCAAGAGAAGAAGAAAUUCAGGAGGGCCGUUUGAAAAGAUUCACAGAAAGAAACUGCGCGUAAUAUUUAUAUCGCUUGAAAACUAUACAUUUGAUGAUGUUUUAACGUAUCAAGACGCACGAUAUUUUUAAUCCUUAUGAGCAGAGAACCUCAAGUUAAAAUGAUGACUGGAGAACUUUCGGGUGGUUUGAGGGGCCAAUCCUUCUACCUGCAUGACGUGAAGAGACAUCAGUCCGUCACACUCGCUGACAUCAUCAGCCGUCUGGGAGGGAAAGUGGACAGUUUUCUCACCAAGGAUGUGAAUGUGAUUGUGACGGGCAUUAAAGAACCUCAUAGUGAUUUGCAGGUGGAUGGUUCAUGUACUGCAGGGGGGAAACAAAGUGGAACCCCCAAACCUCUGCUUUGUGGCAGUCGUGGAAAAGCAUUACUGGAAAAAGCAAUCGACAGAAAUGAGAAGUAUCAGAGCAGUGUGCUGGCAAAUGCUCGUUCGUGGGGAGUCAAGGUCUACAAUGUAGAUGAAUUUCUAAAGUUCAUCAAUCAUCUAAAUCAAAAAAUGAGGGCAGCUAAGAAAAGAAGCAAACUAACAGCUCCUCAUGUGAAAGCUGGAGUUUUGAGAGGUCCUUAUCUGAAAGUGGAGGACUCCAGUCGGAAGUUCAGACCAUACUAUGCACAGACUCUGAGUUUCCCAGUGAUGAGUUUCUCAGGAAAAUGUAGCCCUUUUGAGCCCCUCAUUCCUCGGCAGUCUGGUAGAAGCAAAGAUGUAGAUUCCAGCAAGGACAAUUUCAGGAAGAAAGAAGAAGCCACUAGCAGCUGCCAUAAGUUACAAGCGCCACUUACUGCAAGCGCCACACACAGAGGCCCAACUAAGAAAAGUUCAGGCUAUUGUGAGUGCUGCCACAUGGUCUACAAAGACCAGUAUGAGCACUUGCAGUCUGAAAUGCAUCAUUCUUUCAUUCAAAAUGACCGUAACUAUGCUGUAGUAGACCAGCUAACGGCUGCCAUGGUUGCUAGCUUUGUUUGUAAUCCAAAUCUAGAAGUGGAUCCAACGCUGAUCAAGUCAUCGACAGGCUUCUCUCAAUUACAAUUGUGUAAUUUAACUGAGAUGGUGCAGAAUACUGUCAGCGAGAAUGAAAAAUCUCUUCAGGCUCCACUGGUUCAAGAAUGUGAUCGUCUACUGGCAAUUACUGACAACAGAGGAAACCUCUUUCCUAAACAUAUCCAGAGUCCACCUGGUCAGCAAAAUGCAACCUCGCAUCCUACAAUGCAAAAUAACUCUCCUGAUCCUCUUGGCAAUGUCAAUUUAGGCCUUUACAUCAGCUGCACCACAAAUGUUCAGGACUUUCAAUCUGGUGUUCUCUGCAUGGAUAUAGUCUCGCAUCACAUUCCUCCAAAAUCCCAGUCAAUAGAGAAGAAACCCAAAAGCCUUUCUUCUGUCAUACUUUCAGAAGCUCCAUCUAAAAUGCUCACUCUAAGCUCUUCCGGAGACAACAAAAUCCCAUGCAUCAUCAAGGUUCAAGGUUUAAAAAUGUGCUCAAACAGCCCUAAGAUGCUACUCCAGCGAGGUGAAGAUGAUAAUUCUGAAAGUUGUGGCCAGUAUGUGUUGGACCAUAGAAAGUUGCCUUCAACAAAACCGUCACUGAAAUCAGCCCAAGAUAUUUUUGGGACUCCAGAGUUAGGCAUCUCUUACUUUUCAUUACCACAUACUUUACCAUUUCCACACUUGUCAGAUUACCCAUUUUCUAUAGUUAACUUAAAAAAGCGCUGUAGGUCCUUCACUCCAAGUCCAAAACUUGCCAAGAGAAGAAAGAUUAAUCAAAGUGAAAAGCCAAACCCAAUUCAGGGGGUUUGCAGUGUUUCCUGGAUAAGACGGUACUCAUCUGUACUUUCCACCAUGCCAUGUUUACCGGUCUCCAAGGUGGGUUUUACAACAGAGAUGAAUAAUCGAACUGGAGGUAGCAUACUAGCAACUCAUGAAUCAUCACUGAAUGAGUCCUCUCUUGUGAAUCAGAUCCCAACGCAGCUUUCCCUAAAAUAUUUUACUGCCAGUACCCACUGUAUUCCUCAUCAAGUUGACCAACAGGACAAUGCUGCAAAUCAACCCUGUGUCCAUGUUAAGCAGUCACAUGAAUUGUCUCCAAUCAAAGAUCCAGUGGAAUCCCGAAUAACCACUUACUCAUCUGAUUUGGAUCCUCCUCAGUUGGUUCCAUUUUUCCACGAAGACCAUCAACUCCAGUGCCAUCAGCUUCAUGAUCCUCCCGAACUGUUACCCUUUUUUUGCCAUACACCGGAAGAUACUUUCCAUACAUCAGUCAGUAAAGCCUCAAACAGCUCAUUCCUGUCACACUCCGGAGCCUCUGUUUGCAUUGAAUCUGCUCUCCUCCCUAACCUCACGUGGUCCACGGCCUCUUCUGAGUCCGAUUGGGAUUCUGGCCUGUUGUCAUGGUUUGCGGCUGGAGUUCCUCUUCAGAAUAAAGGGGCACAUGAUGACCUGGGUCUGUUAUUACAAAAGCCACACAGUGGCAUGCAGGAUGGGAGCUAUACAUCACGAUUGUGCUCCAUACUGCAACCCUCUUGAUUCAUAUCAUUGGGAUUGAAGUUGCACCAAUCCAACAAUUGCGACUGUUGAUGAAUUCAAUCCUAAAGCAUUUCUUCAUUCUCCAUUCUUAGUAGUCCUCAUUUUUCACUUCUACAAUUAAAUUAAGAUGACUACCAAUAAUAAGAAAUAAGACUAAUGAAUGAAUUGUUGUUUGUUUUUCAUGAAGAAGAAUGUAUUAUAGAGGUGUGCCUAACUCUGCAGCUAAUGGAUAAAUAAUUUCCUCUUUUUCGCAUGUGUUCUAUUCAUGAAGACUGCUCACUAUUUUUUUUUCUUCUGGAUAAUGAAACCGUCUUGUCUUACAUCAGUAUUGAUUUAUAUAUUUUUGUUAAGAAUAUUGAACAGUGUUUGUCUCUCAUUAUGCAAUAUCUCGCCAAAACCAAGAAAACAAUUAGUUUUAAUUAACAGCUGGCAAGUAUUUUAUGCUUUUCUCUUUGAGUGACCUCCAUGACUUCUCUUAUGGCUCUCUCUUGCCCUGAGUGUUGACCAUGACUUUUCAGCGGAAAUAUCCGGGAACAUGUGCUGGUAUUGAGAAUUUAAUGAGGCUUUGCUGGAGGGGCAUUAUCGAAUUAGUUUAAGUGCUGUGUCUGGCCUCUCUCCAGUUUAGAGGCAGUGUUGAUGGUAGAACAAUGCCAUGGUGGUUUUUGGAGAACAUGCAGGAUAGGAUGUACUCUGAAGGCAAAAAUAAUUUUUAAAAGACCUUUCAGAUUUCCUGUAAAUGUGCAUCAGUUGAUGUGGCAGCAUGACUGGUACAGUGGGCAGUGUUUUAAUUAUUUGAUGUCAAUUAAUGUUUUAAGGCAUCGUUUAGUGACAGAACAUUCCUAUUGCAGAAGUUCUGAAAGGGGUAUAGAGCUUGUACCACUGAUGUCCAUGUAGAAUCACUAAAAUCUUGUGCUUGGAGGAUUUUCCAUAAACACUGGAAAUUAGCUUUGUUAAGGCCUUAGGACAGUAAUACAUGUUUUAAGACAAAAUCCUGAAUAAAUGUAGAGUUCUACAAUACAUUUUUAUUAUUAUUUUACUGUAUCAUGAAUUAUUUUGAUAUUUGUACAGUUGUAUUUCAAAAGCUGUUUACUUCCAUUCUAGAUGCCAAUUUAGCACUGUUGAAUUGUGUGCAUGCUCAUUAAAAUUA